CCCAAUUCCGGUAUGUUCAGAUGAGCUGAGUUGAGCUGGGAUACGUUGUUGGGCUGUUUCGAUUCCAUUUAGUUGUCCUAAUUGUUGAUUACAUGCUUAAUUUGAACUACAGCCAAACCUCCCUAUAACAGCAUCGUUGGGUCUGAAAUUUUUCAGUUGUUAUAGAGAAUGGUUAUCCAUAAAAUCUAUUUUUCAUUUUUAAUUGUCAAAUUCUAAGCUUAAUCACAUACAACGAAGGAAAAUCGUUUAAUGAUGAAAAUAUAUAUAUUCAUAUGAUGUUUUUUUGUCAUAAAUAGUAUAUUAAAUGAUCAAAUAUUUGGUCAAAAUUUAUACACUUAUUAUUGGUAAUCAUAUAUAGUCUAUUUUUGUAAAGAUGUUUAAUUAUUAUAUUACCAAAAUAAGAAAAUAGCUGUUAGAUGGGGGUAAUUUUACAAAGUCCGUACUAUUAUAAAGUUGGUUGUUGCUGUUAUAGGUGAAAUGUUGUUAUAGAGAAGUAAAAUAUAACAUAAAAAAUCGGUUCCGAAAAAACUUGGCUGUUAUAGAGAGAUGUUAUUAUAUGCGGGUGCCGUUAUAGAGAGGUCUGACUGUAUUUCCUUUUCGUUAUUGGAUUGAUCUGUUAGUUUGUUUCCAAGAAAUUGAAUUGUAACUCAGCUGAGUUGAUCUGAAUUCUAUUGCAAUUGGUAAUUCCAUAGUGAGUUCAUUAAUUCCUCGAUUUAGCAAAUUAAGCAAGUUCAACUAGGUGGAGACGAAUUUCACAAGAAGAGUGAAAACAAAUUAUCUGGGGCUGGUUCAUGAGUUUGAGACUGGCUAUAUUCCAGAUUGGUUCUUGUUGGAAGUCCUAUCACGAUUGCCUUUGAAAUGCGUUUUUAGGUUCAAAUGUGUAUCGAAGCAGAGGCUUUAUUUUAUUUCGGACCCUUCUUUUGUGAACUUGUACAUUUCUCGAGUUUCUUUGUCACAUAAGCCACAACCAUGGACCGUUCUUAGUCACCGUCUGCAUGCUAAAGGCACAAAGUUCAUCACUUAUGAUCCCCCAUUAAUGCUGGACGACAUGUUAGAAGAAAAUGAUCUGAUUGAGUACCCCAGUAGUUUAUCAUGUCAUCUUCAUUUUCCUCCUUCUCAACCACGACCUUCUGUGCUUGAACGCUAUGAUAUCGUAGCAAUUAAUGACGGAGUAGUGUUGUAUGGACGAAUUGUGUAUUAGGAGAAUUACAUCAAUCACAUGACAGAUUAUCAUAUGUAUAACCCUAUCACACAGCAGUGUAUUGCCUUUCCUCCACCACUUUUGUGCUUUCGGUUUGUCAGUACUGGUUUUCUUACCCAAAUUGAAGGGGGAACAUUGAAGAGCUAUAAAGUGGUGCGAUUUGAUUGUCAAUUAAGGGAGUCCCAUAACCUCAAGUUUGAGAUAUUCUAUUCUGAAACUGGAAGCUGGAGGAGUGUUGUUGUGCACAGUGACCAAGCCAUUCAGAUUACCUGGCUAAGAAUGCCUUUGUCCUUCAGUGGAAUGUUACAUUGGAUUGACCGUUCGCUUGGGAUUAUGGCAUGUGAUCCUUGCAGGGCUUCCAGUCAGUGUGGCAUCAUUGGACUUCCACCUGACAUUGACAAGCAAUGUAAAAACUACAAAAAUAAUGGAUUUCAUAGUUUGUGCAACGUGCAUCAGGGUCGAUUGAGGUACUUUGAGGUGUCUCUUGCACCCUCGGAUCCCUUUGGGUUUUCAGGUUUUUCUCUAUGGGUACUUGAUGAUUAUGACUCUGCUACUUGGUCUUUGCAGCACAGACCUAGGGUUACUGAUGUCUUGUUUGGUGAUAUCUUAACUCGCCAGGGGUUAACUGGAUCAUGUCUUGUUCCUCUUGCCUUCCAUCCAUUUGAUGGAAACAUUGUUUGCCUGAGAUUAGGGGUCUAUAUUGUCACAUACAAUGUCAAGACUUUAAAAUUGGAGGCUUGUGGUAAUCCAAUCGCUACUGAAUAUUGCUUGUGCGAAACAAGAGGAUGGUUGUCCUGGUGUGCACGAAUACCUUCAAAAUUAGCAUUCUUGUACGUUCUUCCUCCAUCGCCAAUUUCUAUCCCGAAUAAUCUUUCCACAGGACAGAAGGAGGAACAUGGUGUUUAGUAGACCUACUUAAAAAAAUAGAGAACUAGCCAAUGUUUGUCUGAAUCUAGACUUUAUGCUUAUCGAAUUGGUGAGGCUGCUUGCUCUAGCUACCUGUAUUUAGCAUGGACA